GUGAAUGUAAAAUCCUGUAAAUUUGUGAAAAAAUUAAAAAUAAUAAAGUUUACUUAAACUGCGCAUAAGAAUUUGCGUAAAUCUGAAAAAACAUUCAAUAUAAUUAACAAAAGUGCCUUAUUGAUACUUGAUUUAAUAAAAGAACUGCAUAUAGAGAUAAGGAAUAGAAAGUGAAAGUUUGUUUUUAUUUAAUUUCACAAUACUGGAGGUUAUGUUUUGAAAACAAAGGAUCAACAACAAACAACAAAAUGAUGAGUUCCAGUGAAAAGAAAGUUUUAGUAACAAAAGUUACAGCAGCCACAUCAAGACGAAGAAUAUCACCUAGAUCAUUAUCAAAAUGUCAAACAGAACGUGCUAGAAAAGCAAAAAUGAUAUCAAAGUCACUAUUUGGAAUGUCUAACAAAUCAGAAUUGAGAGAGCAUAUUAAAUCAACCGGAACUGAUUUAAAGACAUCUCAAUGGGAAUUUGAUUUCGAAGCAGGAAAGCCUACAAAGGUACAGAAGAACUAUAAAUGGGAAGCAGUGUCAAAAAACGAAGUUCCACAAAUAUAUCAUGUAAAUCAUAUUAAGAGACUCCAUUCUGCAACACAAAAUCAAGGUUUUGAAGGCCAACUACCUAAACUAAGGUAUUAUCAUCAUAUAAAGAAGGUUGAACCUCAAGAUGAAGAGAACAAUAAAAUGUCAAUAAAAACACAGCCAAUUACAGCAAGUGCCAAGAAAAAUGGAAACACAGGACAGAUGAAAAUUACAGAUUUCCUCAAAGAAAAGAAACGGCUUACAGUAACGACGAAGAAGAAACAAAGAACAUGAUAGGAUGAAUCCCUUCAUCAAUCUUUCAUAAAUGUAAUGCAUCCUUUCGUACAUUGUUCUAGACAUUUUCAUUCUCUUUUUAUUUCGAUCUUUCUCUGCUUUUCCUCAAGUCAGGGAACAAAAUUUCUUGUUGAAUUUAAUCUUUUUCGAUUGCAUCAAUUUUUGGUGUUUUGAUGAGAGCUACAAGACAUGCUGGUACUUGAGUAAUUUUUAUUUAUUUUUGAAAGUCUCGAUUUUGUAAUGAUCGCAUCCUUAUUUGUUAAUUAUAACACAAAUUCAAUAGUAUUCAAAUCUCAUCAAAACUUACAAAUCCUAAAUCAGAAUGUUUUUGCCUCUGUAAUCUAGAAAAUAAUAAGUUCGUAUACUUUAAAAUAUACCUUUGAUGCUGAACAAGAAUGAGUGAUAUGACAUAAAUGUUCACGGCAUCAAAGGAUGUUUC